AUGGAACAUGAAAAGCAAAGCGGCUCUUCGCACACCGAACAGCGCACGCCGGGAGCUCCGGCAGCCCCGCCGCUCUCCGGGCACACGGGGCAGCCCUUGCUGGGCACAGCUCUGCCCGCGGGGCACCUGAGCGGCUCUGGCCGCGGCCACCGCAUCCUCACGGGCUCAGCCCCGCCGCAGAGGCACCCGACGGAGCGCUCGGCGCCGGCUGGCUGUUCUCCACCGCGCACCCUGAACGGGGCGGAUCGGCUCCGCUCCCGGCCCAGCGCCGGCCGCCUGUGGAGUUACCUCUCGCAAAGCCAAUUCGUGGGCGAACCGCACGAGGAGCUCUCAAAUCCUCCCGAAUUUCUGCUUCUCGCGGAAACACUUCGUAAAACCGAGUGCUCCCAGGGCCCCCGUGAGAAGAGUAACUUUUCAACCUGGCUUUUACGUUCUACGGUUAGGCGCGAGAUUCAGUUCCGAGCCGUUCUUCAGCGUAUUUUCAGAAAAACGCGUUUCCAAACUGACCGAAAUUCACAGCAGAACGAGGAAACUCCAAUGGAGCCCACGGCAGCCUGCAGCGAACUGACUCCCGCCGGCAGGACGGCGCAGCCCGCAUCCCUACCGGCUCCCCGCAUCCCCACCGGCUCCCCGCACCCUCGCCCCUCCCGCUGCAGCCCCAGCCCCGCGCCGCUUUUUGGGAACGAGACACGACUUCGGCGGACUGCUUUUUUCCUUCCCUUUCUCCGCCGUGAAUCUCUCCCCUCCUCCCAGGACCAGGGGCGGCUCGCGGCCCCGUCCCGCUAGCGCAACAUCCCGUGCGACGGCGGGGGCAUCGGGCCGGGGCGCUGCGGCCGCUUCCCUCGCGUUCCUUCGAGUAACGCUAAUGGACGGGACUUCAAUGCCGCUUCUCUUUGCUCUGGGAGCACCUGAAGCGUUGGCACGAAGGCUGAAGGCAUCGCUAGGGUCCCAGAGUUACGCCCCACCCGCUGCGGGCAUCUGCGUCGUAAAAGCCCCCUCCAAGGCAGAACGCUCACACCAACAGGUCGGCUACUGCUACCUUUCAGCCGCGUCGUUGCGGUGCUGCAGACCCGGGCGUUGCUGCCUGCUAUGCUGCCCACGACGGUACUCGAUUCCCAGCUCAGGGCUCCCGCUCUGCACUGCUCCAUUCCCCUGGCACAGCUCUGGGGGCAGAACGGAACCCAAAGGAGGCUCUGGACAAUGGACUCUGCUACAGGAAACCUAAUGCCACCACAGAAAGGGAAGUGAUGUUACAGCGAUAACCCUGAGGAGCAUCUGCUGUUAUUGAUGAGGGCAAGGGAGUGGGUACCUCUGCAUUCAGUUAUUAUUUCUGCUCUUUUACUGGAGAGGAAGCAUGGUGUGGCUAUGUGAACUGCCGCAAGUGGCAAAGCUCAUUUUCCCACUGAGAGCUGGUGCUUUGUGGGACCACAAGCUGGUCCCAUGAAAGAAGGCAACCUUUCUCCAGUCUACGUAGCAAAAUUCCUUCCCACUUUCUCUCAGGAAAGGUGCAAGUAGCCGCCAAAUGCGGGAUCCCUCUGCUUAUCACUUGAGCUGGGAUGUGGCUCUGCAGAGCAGCCCAGCUAAGUGAGCAGCAGCCACUGGGAGGAUGCUGUUGCCUGCACAGUGCAUCAUGUGUGGAACUGGUUCCAUCCCAGGGAGAGCACCGCAUGCUCUGCAGGUGUGAUGCUUAAAGCUGAGUCCCCACAGAGGGAUGCUGUGGGCUGCACAGCCCCAGAGGGCUGGGUUGCCUGCAGGCACUGCACACAUGGGGACAGCUCUGGAUCCAGCUGCAGGGUGCCUGCUGGUUCCCCCUGCAGAGCAGGGUCAAACCCGGACAGCCCAUCCUGUGAGCCCGGUGAGCUCAGCAAACUCCAACACUGCUACAGUGCAGCAAAACCCUGUGGGAUGUCAUGGCAUGUAUUAAUCACAGUAAUGUGAUGGUCUGACCAGAGCUUGUGUUGUAUUUGCAGCGUUUGAAUCCAGACCCCUGGCAGGUAGAGCCGCAGCAGGGAGCAGGCUGAGCGAGCGUUGGGGCUGCCCUCCCUGUGGCAAAGCUGGAAGAGUUUCCACGUGGAUGGCUUUAAUUACCUCAUUCCAAAGAACGCACUGUCUGCUAACAUCUCUCCAGAAGUUAAACAGGAGCAGUGAGGCAGAUGAUGGCACAACAGAACCCGUGCACUGCUCGGCACACCAUGGCUGUGGCUGUUCUCUGCACUGGGUGCCAAACCCUUGGAGUGGUGGCUAUUAUUUUUUGACAGUGCUGCGUUGCAAGGACGUGUCAGCAGCUAUAAAGCCAAAAGGUGACUGAGUUUUGCUGUAAAAUAAGAACAGCAAAGAAAAUAUGUGUUUACAUGUUUACAGCCUGUCCCUGUGGGAUGUACCCAGCACUCAGAGGAACCUUACACAGUGCCAAGACCCAAACCAGCACCCAACCCUGUCUCACUGCAAAGCAUGCCUGUAAUUUCAACGUGAUGCUCUGUUUUUUCGUGCAGCAGCCACUGGGAGGCUUGGGGUAAGCCUGGAGGAAAACAGAGGCAACAAAGCAGAAGCAGCACCCUUGCAUGGAUCCACAGGGGCUGGGGCAGUGCAAUACACGCUGGGGCCUGGGAUGUGGCUCAGGUGCUGCGCUCUGAGACUGGCAGGAC